AUGCAAGAAAUUAUUAUUAUAGGAAUUGGAUAGAGUGGAAUUAAUAUAGGAUUAGAAUUCAUUAAACAAUUAAAUUAUGAUCAUUGUUUAAAUAAUCAUCAAGAAAUAAUUAAUUAAGAUAGAUAUAACAAGAAAAUCAAUGUUUUCUACAAUGAAAAUUCUCGAUAGCAAUUUAUUCCAAGAUGCUUAUUUUUAGACUUAGAAUCAUGUAUUAAUAUGUUAUAUGAAUAGCCUAAAUUGAUAAACUAUUACUAUAGAAGGAUGUGAUUAUAGAUCCUAAUUGCUGUUUUUCAAUGAAUUGUGGAAGUGGUAAUCUUUUUGCAAUUGGAAAGUAUACAGAAGGAGCUGAACUAAUGGAUAAAUGCAAACAUGUUUUAAAUAGAUAUUUUGAAUAAUCAGGCAAUCUCUAAGGAAUUAUGAUGUUCUUUUCAACAGGAGGUGGAAGUGGUUCGGGUAUGGCAAGUAAUUUAAUAUAAUACUUUCGGGAAAAGGAUUUAACUAAGAUAGUUCAUUGCAAUCCUGUAUUUUCACAAGGAGUUAUACAUAAUUAUUUAGAAAUAUAUAAUACAGUAUUAAUUCUGCAUUAAAUGAUUGAAACUGUAGAUAUAGUGACAGUUUUUGAUAAUGUUGCAUUAUAAUAUAUAUGCAAUAACAAUAAUUUAGAUUCAAAUUAUGAUAAUUAUAACAAAAUUAUUGCAGAGAGUUUAAUUUAAACAACUGCUUCAUAUAGAUUUCCAGGAUUUAUAAAUGGUGGAAUGAAAAAAUUGGCUUUAAAUUUGAUACCAUUUCCAAGAUUACAUUUUUUUUAACCUAGUUACAUGAUUAUAAAUUAGAGUGGUUGGAGUAUUACUAAUAUUCUAAAUAAACAAUAUAAAUUAUGCUCUUUUUAAGAUUACUUACCCAAUGAAUAUAUCUCUUAUCAAAUUUAAUUGAGAGGUAAUUGUUUUGAAAUGCCUGAAUCUCAAUCUUUAUUAAUUAGAAAAGAUGAUCUAUAUUAAUUUCUUGGUCAUGAUACUCAUUACAGAACACAUACAAGUGUUUAACAUAUUGAUCAUGAAAAUAUUGUUGGAUUUUUAGGAAAUUCUAAUGGAUUUAAAAAAUAUAUGUAAUCAUAUUAAGAAGAUUUCAUUAAGAUGUUUAGGAAAAAGGCAUAUGUAUAUGCUUAUGAAUAUGUUGGUAUGGAUCAAAUGGAAUUUACAGAAGCAGAGUAUAAUAUGAAUGAUCUAAUAUCUGAAUAUGGACCUUUUAUUCAUAGUUGCUGUCAUAGUGAAUAUGAUAAUUAUGAAGAAGAAGAAGAAUAUUGA